GAAAUGGUCUUCAGAGGAAGAGAGUGCUGGGGCUGUCGGGGAUAAAUAAGUUUCUCGAGAUUCUACGUGCGAAUUCGCAGAACUUUUUGUGACAUGUGUUGGCCAGGAGGGACUCAGACGUUUUAGUCACUGCCUCUGAAGACCUUGCCUCUCUGCUGAGCCCGACCUGUUUGUGGUGGAGCAGAAGGUGGCUAAGGAUGAGUGAGUCUCGGGGCUUCUGAGUACAUGUGAGAAAGCUAGUCUGUGUUCUUCGUUGGCGGUUUUCAAGAUAAGCUGAUGCUUUAGCGGCUUAUCAUGGCCCAACGGGCAGUGUGGCUCAUAAGCCACGAACCGGGAACCCCACUGUGUGGCAUCGUCAGAUUCUCCAGACGGUAUCCAACUGUUGAAAAACGAGCCAAAGUCUUCAAUGGAGCAAGUUAUGUGCCUAUUCCUGAAGAUGGUCCUUUUCUUAAAUCACUACUCUUUGAACUUAGAUUAUUGGAUGAAGAUAAGGAUUUCACAGAGAGCCGUGACAGCUGUUCACGCAUCAAUAAGACGUCUAUCUAUGGACUUCCAGUAGGAGGUGAAGAACUCUGGCCAGUUGUUGCUUUUCUGAAGAAUGGCAUAAUAUAUGCUUGUGUUCCACUAGUUGAACAAACUUUAUCCCCUCGACCACCAUUAAUUAGCAUUAGUGCAAUUUCACAAGGCUUUGAACUUCUUUUUGGAGUACAGGAUUUUCUUUACUCAGGUCAAAAAAAUGACACUGAGCUAAAUACAAAAUUGAGCCAAUUGCCUGACUUGCUUCUGCAGGCUUGUCCAUUUGGAACUUUGUUAGAUGCCAACUUACAGAAUUCAUUGGAUAGUAUUAAUUUUGCUUCUGUGACUCAUCCACAAAAACAGCCAGCCUGGAAAGCUGGAACAUACAAAGGAAAACCACAAGUUUCUAUUUCUAUUACUGAAAAGGUAAAAUCCAUGCAAUAUGAUAAACAGGAUAUAGCAGAUACGUGGCAAGUCGUUGGAACUGUCACUUGCAAGUGUGAUUUAGAAGGAAUCAUGCCAAAUGUUACCAUCAGCUUGAGUCUCCCCACCAAUGGAUCUCCACUUCAGGAUAUUCUGGUCCAUCCUUGUGUGACUUCUCUUGACUCUGCCAUUCUUACUUCUAGUAGCAUUGAUGCAAUGGAUGAUUCUGCAUUUAGUGGACCUUACAAAUUUCCGUUCAGUCCACCUUUAGAGUCAUUCAACUUAUGCUACUACACUUCCCAGGUUCCUGUCCCACCAAUUUUGGGCUUUUAUCAAAUGAAAGAGGAAGAAGUACAACUGAAAAUAAUGGUUAAUUUAAAACUUCAUGAAAGUGUGAAAAAUAAUUUUGAAUUCUGUGAAGCUCAUAUACCGUUUUACAAUAGAGGUCCAAUCACACAGGUGGAAUACAAAGUUAGUUUUGGCCAGCUCGAAGUAUUUCGAGAGAAAAGCUUAUUGAUCUGGAUUAUUGGACAGAAGUUCCCAAAAUCAAUGGAAAUUAGUCUUUCUGCAACUAUAACUUUUGGAGCUAAGAACCAUGCGAAGCAGCCUUUUGACCACAUUUGCAUCGGAGGUACAGCAUAUUUAAAGCUCCAUUUUAGGAUCUUAGAUUAUACACUUACUGGGUGUUAUGCGGAUCAGCAUUCAGUUCAAGUUUUUGCAUCAGGAAAACCAAAAAUAAGUACACACCGGAAACUAAUUUCUUCUGAAUAUUACAUCUGGAAUUCUAAAGCUCCUGCUCCAGUAACAUAUGGAUCAUUAUUACUAGUCCGCUGCCACAAUUAAAGAAGAAACAGCUGCAUUUCAAAGGGAUUCCGAUUCCAGAAGCUUAAUCGUGAUUGACAUGUUCUUAUUCUAAGCUAUAAGACACUCUAAGAGUCCUUUCUUGGGUUAAAACUUCAAUCAUUUUCUAAAAAAAAUUAUCUCACUAUGGAUUUUAUUCAUUUUCUUUGAUAACUAUUCUUUGCAUUUUUAAACUUGAAAGAUGCUUUGCGUUCGCAGUGAAUAUGAGCACCUACUUCCAGUUAGAUUUGGAUGGUGUCAAACCUAUUCUAGAUGCAAAAUUGCUAAAGUUCCUUUUAGAGCCAGAAUAUGAUUAUGAAAUCUGAUGUCUAUCAUAUGAGUAAUUAUUCUUCAGUAGACCCAAAAGGUUCAAACAGUGUUAAAUUUCUGGAAAUGUACUCCAGAAAAGAUAGUUCAUGAGUUUGGUAAAACCCUUCUUCAGUGUUUUACUAAACAAUAUUUUUUAAACUUUUAAAGCUGGUAAUAUCCUCUCAGUGGUAGACUUUUUUUUCACUUUUUACUUUUUAAAUAAUUGAUUCAAAUUUCAGGUUUGCAGUAAUGGCCUCAGAGAAUUAUUUGGUCAAAAAAAUUUUUUGAUUAAACAUUUGUAUAAAAUUUAAUUUUUUUACACCAACUAUUUCUAAUGAGCUAAAAUUAUUGCGAUUUUAUAUAUAGUAUGAUUUAAGAUCUUUGAAAGCACAAUUUUAUACACAAUAGCAACUGCUAAUACUUUUCUUCUAUUUUUUUAUUAUAGUAUUUCAAACUACUUAAUAGCCAUUCAUAGACUCCUGCACCACCCCUGGGAGGUAGGUAGGUCCAGUUUUCGUCCAGACCCUCUUUGGAGACCGCUGCCACGGCAGAAUGGUUGUUUCUAAGACAAAGGUCAGAAAAGGGAUGUUAAUAAACAGUCGUCAGGUUUAAGGGACUUUUUUAGGAUUACAUCUUAAAUUCCAACAAAUCAGAUUUAGGAGUUACUGAAAGUGAAAUUGAUCCAUCCCUCAUCCAAACUUUGCAAUACUUUCCUGUUCUGACAUCAUUUAGAUAGUUAGCUGUAUUAUCAGAUUAGAAACCAUUGUACCAGGCUGCUGAAAGGAAAAGGAGGCAAAAAGCUAAACAUGGGAUGAAUUCUGAACCUUUUAACCUGGCUGAAGUAUGUUGGUCCCUGUUAUGCAAAUACCUUCAAUCCUCUGCUAAGUUCAGUGGAAAUAAUUUUCUUGAAUGACAGGUUUAUUCAGCAAGGAUUCAGUUGGUGAUUAAUCCCCCUUUGAUCUAGGGUAUUUCACUUAACUACCAGUUACCUCUUUCUGACAAAGUGCAACUGAGAUUAGGGAGAUCACUAGAACACUACUAGGGUGUGCGUUUAUUCUCUCUAACCUUUUAAAGCAAGGGCCAAGAAUGCAAUUUAUUUUCUGUAUUUGAAGAUGUAAAGUCCUGUCUGCUAAGUUAGAAAGUCAAUUGAAUACCAAAUGAAGUUUAUUUCUUAUGUAAUAGAACAAACAUUUCUUUUUGCUUUGCCUAACAAUGAUUUUAGGAAAACAUAUGCUUUGGGAAAAAAAAACAAAACUACAUUCUAAGUAUAUCUUCUAGUUUUGUUUCAUGUACUAGAGUGUAUACUUAUUGGCCCAGAGAACCUAAAAAUCAAAGCAGUGGCUACAACUUUGGUUGAGAAUAUGCUUCUAUUAAACUGCAUGGUUUCUUUCCACCCUCCCCCAUUAAAAAAAUGUCAUGCUAUGUGGUAAAGAAAUCCAAUUGGGGAAAAUGUGUAAUACACAAUUAUUCAAAUCUUGAGACUUCUGAUUUCAAAGCUUUAUUUGUUAACUUUGCCCUUUCUUGAGGAAAAGAACUUGUUAUGUUCCCAUCAUAAAAAUAAUUGCAUUCAUUUUCAGAAUGAAGAUUUUUUUCAUAUAGAAAGGUAAAUGAUGCCAUUACAAAAAUACUUCUAAAUAAUUAUUUUAAAUUAUCAAAAUAACCAUUUCCACAGUAUUGUUUACUAUUUUUUUCUGCCGGUUUUUUUUUUUUCAUUUAACUGGGUACCACUUCUUCCGUAACCCUGAACUUUGACGUAGUCUGUGGAAUUUAGCACAGUGUCUUAAGAAUAAAAUUUUAAAAUGUGUUUCAUGCUAGGUUUCUCAAAAAAUUCUCUUUUAAAAACUAUUAUCAAUGUCAAUGUCAAUAUUUAUCUUGCAAGAUUCAAAAUUUUGGGUGUCUAGUCCUCACAUAUAUUUCAAGAUCCUUAAAAAAGAAACAAUAAUUUAACAAUU